AUGAGCUGGUCAAGAGGGGCAGAUAAACGAAGCCGUGAGGCAGCAGAAAAGCAACUUGCUGAACGUUUCCUCAACGCUGAUAAACGUCUCAAAUCUUCUCUCCUCUCAAUAAUUCCAGCAACUUUAUCAAAUAAAGUAGUCUGCAUUACCCUUAUUAAUGGCACGAAGGUGACUGGAACUCUCGCGGAGAUUGACGGCUUUAAUAAUAUCACCUUGAGAGAUGGUGUUAGAAUUGAUCCACCACCUCGCAAGAAAACUCUCGUCCCAUUGGUGGGUCUUGAACAAACAAGUAUUCUGGGCAAACGUGUUCGUUACAUCAGUCUGCCUGAAGGUACAGAUGUGAAGUCAAGUAUAAGAGAAUAUCUUGAGGCUACGAGAGACAAGACUCCACCUAGAAAGAGUCGACCACAAGGUCGAGGUAGAGGUGGCAGUGGUCGAGGGGGAAACAGACCAGGAAGUAAUGCAAGACCUGGUAGUACUACAAGACCAGAAGAACAAUUGAUAGCCGAUAAGGUUUUGUUGAAGUUAGUACGGUAA